AUGGCGACGAAACAUCGGGUCCUUAUCACUGGAGCGUCUGGCCUUCUAGGGCGAGCAAUUCUAAAGCAGUUUUCUAACUCCGAUAGCUGGGAAGUUCUAGGCCUUGCUCAUUCGCGGGCCACAGGGGCUCUAAAAAAGGUAAAUCUGUUGGAUUUCGACGAAGCGCAGCGAGUUGUGACGGAGUUCAAGCCCCAUGUGUUGAUCCAUUCUGCCGCCGAAAGAAGGCCAGACGUCGUGGAAAACGACGAGGAAACUUGCGAAAAAAUGAACGUGGGUAUAACUAAAGUCUUAGCAACAACCAUAAACGAUUUGAACAAUGGAUUGGAAGUCCCGGAACAUUUUAUGCUAUAUAUCAGUACCGAUUAUGUGUUCGAUGGCACGAGUCCACCUUACAAACCUAUGGAUAAGCCAAACCCGUUAAACAAGUACGGAAAAAGUAAGCUGGCAGGAGAGAAAGUGGUGCAGACCUGUGUCUCUGAUUCGGGAAUCCUCCGAAUUCCAAUUUUGUACGGAAACGUGGAAUAUUUGAAGGAAAGUGCCGUCACAGGUUUGUAG